UUCCACGCCUUCUCUGAUGCAACACUAGAACCAGUCAGAGCGUUUACCUUUAGCUAGUCUUUGUUAAGUGUAAUGAUUGUAGUUGUAGAUCCUAGAAAUAGAUCCCCGCAACUGAAAAGCGAAUCUGUUGACUGUGCCUGCAAGCGUGAACCCCGGCUAAUGCUAGUUUAACCCGACAAUGAUGCUCCAGGAUGGCUCCACACAGCUCCUCUGCCUCACAGCCAGCAGUGGGGUUCCUCUUUUCACCAGAGGAGCCUCCAAACAGCUGCCUUUCUCUGUCAUCGGUUCCUUAAAUGGUGUUCACAUGUUCGGGGGCGGUCACGGAGUAACGUUAUCCUCCUGUGAGACUGAAAGCGGGGGUAAAGUGGUGUGGAGAGUUUUCCAGGACAGUGUGAUGCUCAUCGCUGUGAAUGGAGGUGGACGAGGGGGUCCAGGUGGGAGCAAAGAGGAGGAGGUCCAUUUACAACGUCUCCUGGAGAAUGUGUGGAGCUGCAUGGUGCUGGUGUUGGGGCAGGAUGAGCUGGCCAAUGUCAGGAAUGUGGAGAGGCUGAAGAGGGAUUUGCGGUCCUGCUUCUGCCUCAUUGAUCAGCUGUUGGAAGAGAAACAAGAGGGCAUCCUGGGUAACCUUACACAUUGUGCUGAUUCACUGCUGCCCCCAAACCCCACUCUUCUUCAAGAGGCCAUGGAUGGCUUUGCUCAGGCUGCUGACAGUGAAUUUGGCUGUCUGAUAGUUCAUGGACGGAUAGCUGCAGCAACUGAGAAGUGGUGGCUCCUAGCACCGCAGGAAAUUGUGCUGCUCUCUGCUUUGAUGCGCUCCCUCACGGCUUCUGGUUCAGCCUCUUGUGAUUACCCGGUUUUCCUUCCUCAGGGCAGCCCCACUGUGGCUCACCGCCUGCUUCGCUUCCAGCUGCUCCCUGGGGCAGAUGUGUGUGUUCUAUGCGGUCCAACCCCUUCCCUGCACAGAGCUGAAAGUGGGCUUGUUGGUCGUUUCUGGACACCUCUGGUAGAGACCUUAAGAGACUGCCUGGCUGUUGGAGAGCGCUCCCUACCAGGAUCUGUGUCCCUGCGCCCUGAUGUGAUGGCACUUCUUCUCAUCAACUGCGAAACGCGUCGCUCAGUCUCAUGUGUUCGUACUCUCACCAAUCAUCCACCUGGAGACCCUCCUUUACCCUCAAAGCCACGCUGCUGGGAGCUCUUAAAGCUCUUCUACAUUUUCAGCACCACACGCUAUUUCAACCAGGAGGAAACUUUGAGUGUUACAUCGGAGGAGAGGGCUCAGAGAGACAACACUGAAGACUUUGUCCUUGGAUUCACUCAUCAGCCUCAACAGUGCUAUCUUGUUACAGAAGAGUGCAAAAGCUUUGGACUCCAGACACCACAACACCAGUUUUUCCUGCUUGUCCCACUGUCAGUGCCCACCUUUGCAUUACGUACGGUGGCCACACAGACUCUCUCUGACAUAGUUGCAGCCACUGGGUUUUAAUUAAAUUACCAACUCUGACAUAAGAGCUUCAUUCUUGGUAAAGUCGUUGUUGAAAACGUAGAAUUGUAUCUUGAUAAAGAGAUGUGAUUAAAGUACCCUCAGGGAUCUAAAAGGGACAGGUGUACAAAAACAUCAGAAAUCGUCCAACAGAAGUGAACUGCUUUGAGCUUAUUCAAUAGAAAAGUCACUGCUUUGCACUUCUCACUGGCUUAAUGGAAAGGAAAAGCUUAAGUUCACGUGGACUUAAGCUUUAGUGAAGGUUGGGCUUACUGAAAGCCCACCAUACUGCUUGUACUGUGUUAUACAGAGAACUUGAAAACUAUGUGAAAUUUUGUCACACUGGGAUAAAUAAGUGCCUGCUGCUUGAAGAUCUGACCUGUUGAAUUGUACGGUUUCAAAACUGUUGAGUUUCUUGCUCAAAUUUUAAAUAUAGUUGGAAACUUUAUUUGAGUUGGUGUCUUUGAUUUUUUUUAAUUCACUUUUGCUAAUGUGUUAAAGAUAUUGAGUUAAAUGUUCAUGGGGAAAGAAAGAAAAGACUGUAAUCAUUUUACAAUUAAGCAGGGCUGCCCACAGAAUUGUCCCUGGAAAAAAACAGUGAAUGGGCCCUCCUCCGUUGUACUUUAUUGAUGUUGUCAAUGCAUGUGUGUUAGAUCAGUAGCAUUAGUGCUAGCGUCCUGGCUAAAAGUUCCCUCAUUUUGAAGCUGAAAAGUAUGUCAAGCUAUUAAGGGGUUCUGGUGUUUAAAAUUAUUUGUGUUACUUUUAACCACUUUCCCCAAACCCAAAUUUUUGCCAGUUAUUUGACACUUUUCAUUAAUUUUGCAUACUUUUUUAAAAUCAA